GUUGAGAGCAUAUCUGUCACGGAAGGUUUUCUUUACAUUUUCUUUCUGUCCUUUUUCUUUUUUUCUUUCUUUUUUUCACGUCGAACCAGUGGCAGCUGGAGCAGCGGCUUUUCCGGCGGUGCCGUAUAAAUUGAGCUGGUAACGCACCCCAGAUCACAAGAGGCGCUCCGUCGCUCGUAGAGUUUACCUCCAACAGCCCACACCACUGUGACUGUUCGGCUUCUAUAGUUGCGCAUUGCGCAGUUCGCCAAUUGGCUGCCGUGUUGUACGGAGGAUACGUGCUCUGUUCUGUUCGAGAGAGAACAUGAAGAACCAAGUUGUGGCCAUCUUCGUGAUCCUCUGCUUCACCUCUGCUACGGUGAACGCUAAUGCUGAAGUGGAAGCUGUCAUCGAGCAAUUGAAGUCCUUGGUGCGAGAUUUCGUGCCUGACAAGGCCAAGGUAGAGGAGUACAUGACCAAGAUAGACAACGCGCGCCAGUGCCUCUCCAUCGCCAAGGACAUGAACCCGGAAAUAAUCAAGCAGCUUGCUAAGGGAGCCAUUCCAACAGUCAUGGAGUGUGGUCGCAAAUUUAUCGACGUGAAGGACCCUCAAGAAAGGGCGACUUCGAUCAGGGAAUGCUUAGUAGAAAAAGCGAACAACUUCAAGCAAUCCAGCGGAAUGACGCCCGACGAAAUGAAGAUGUUCGACGAUGCUUCGGCCUGCCUCCAAGAGCAAGCCAAAGGAGUCGUGUAAUCUGCGUCUAGAAAUUAAGCAUAGUUGAAAAAGUGCUAUAUGGCGUAUAGAAAGGGUCACAGCGCCUCAACGAGUUUUGCCAAGUGCCGAA